UUUAUUUAUCCAAUCAGCCGCGAACCAGACGACGACGACGAAGGAGAAAUGGUAUCACUGAAGCUCCAGAAAAGGCUCGCCGCCAGCGUUCUCAAGUGCGGCAAAGGGAAAGUUUGGCUCGAUCCCAAUGAAGGCAACGAAAUCUCCAUGGCUAACUCUCGCCAAAACAUAAGGAAGUUGGUUAAGGAUGGCUUCAUCAUCAGGAAACCAACUAAGAUUCACUCCCGAUCCCGUGCACGCCGCAUGAAUGAAGCAAAGCGAAAAGGCCGGCACUCUGGAUAUGGUAAGCGUAAGGGUACAAGAGAGGCUAGGCUACCAACUAAAAUUCUUUGGAUGAGGAGAUUGCGUGUUCUCAGACGUUUGCUCCGCAAGUACCGAGAAGCUAAGAAGAUUGAUAAGCAUAUGUACCAUGACAUGUACAUGAAGGUCAAGGGUAAUGUGUUUAAGAACAAGCGUGUGCUUAUGGAAAGUAUUCACAAGUCGAAGGCUGAGAAAGCCAGAGAGAAGACUCUGUCUGAUCAAUUCGAGGCUAAGAGGGCGAAAAACAAGGCAAGCAGGGAAAGAAAGCAUGCUAGGAGGGAGGAAAGAUUGGCCCAGGGACCCGGAGAGAAACCUGUUGCUGCUGCACCUGCUGCUCCAACAACUGAGGUAUCUAAGAAAGCUAAGAAGUGAAGCUGAAAUUAAGAAGUGAGAUUCUGUUCUUGUGGCAGAGUAGUUUUUUGUUUGUUUUGCUGUUUAUUUUUUGUUUUUGGACGAUGUUACUAUAUUUCUUAGAUGGAAUGAGAUUAAAGCAUCAACAUUAUGUUGCUUUAUUUUCUGCACAA